CAGCCUCGUGCAAAGACGCAGAAGCAAAUAAAGUACGUGUAAGCACGGCUUCUGCGACGAAAACGCGAGAACCCCCCACAAUCUUGGCACUGAUUGGCGUCUUAAAGUUUCCCAGGGAAUAAUACAUAGCUUUGCUACCUACCUUUGACAGCUUGUCUCGCUUGGCGAACAAUCCCUGGGAAACAGAAACACAAUCGCCCGAAACCCAGCACCACAACCCCAAUGUAACCCUUAUACAACCACGCUCAACAUAGCUGAUCACCACCACAAGUCCCAAGCAGCGGUGUUGGCUCCGGCCAUGCCUCAAAAGCGGCCUGGCAGCGCCGAAAGCCCCGUCUCGACCAAGGUCAAGCUGCCCAAAUUUGAACGCGAUACGGAAGACUUCUCGAGCGUCGUCAAAUCCAAGUUACAAGCCUACACGCGCACAGGACAGGCAUGCGACCGAUGCAAGGUUCGCAAAAUCCGAUGCGAUGCCUUACCUCAAGGAUGCUCCCAUUGCGCCAACCAGAACCUGGAGUGCUUCGUCACCGACAGGGUCACGGGUCGCACAGAAAGACGUGGCUAUAUACAGGACCUGGAACGCGAGAAGACCGAUAUGUUGAAUCACAUCCGCGCGCUGGAGAAAGUGCUAGAGAACAGUGGUGUCGAAGUUAUACCGUGGAAAUGGGGGCCGCGCGACGGGAAUUACCCACCUGGCGUCACAUUCGAUUCCAUGGGAAACCCAAUAGUGCCACCGGCUGAACCUGGCAAGAGCCAGUGGUCGCUUGUUGAAACAGUUUGGACUCGCCACAGCCUCGAAACCAAACCAAGCAGUAUUCCCUCGCUAUAUCAGAUGCCCCAACCCACGGCAUCAUCCAAGACACUGGAAUCGAGGGCCUACGACGGCUAUCCGGGCGUCGGUUCUGACGUUGCGCCUCUGAGCUCCAUCAAGGGAACGAAGCUGUCGAUUCUUGGCACGACGGUUGAUGUAACAUCCUUUUUGGCACCGGACAUGGACGACUUACCUACUACGUCUGGCGCGCCAUUAUACAACCGGUCUGCUCAGGCCUUUAUACAAUCCGCUUACAGGUUGAACCCACCAUUGCCCGCGGAGCUACCACCUCGGAGUGAGGCUUUCGAGUAUGCCGAGUGGUACUUUAUCAUCUGCCACCCGUUCAGCCCAAUUCUCCACAAGCCCUCGUUUAUGGCACUUCUUACACGCAUAUAUGACGACCCGGCCUUCGUGGCCAGCUCGGCGGAGCUUGUCGUUGUGCACAUGGUCUUUGCUACUAUAUAUUUUCAGUACGGCGUGCGCAAUCCUCAGAACUUGGAGAGACACAGGCAGCUCGAUGUACUGGCAAAUCAGCACUAUCACUACAGCCUGAACAGGUUCUGUGACCUGGAGGCUGAUCGGACCAUAACGUCUGUACAGGCUCUCCUUUUGUUGGGCUUACAUAUGCGUGGGUUUUCAAAGCCCGGUGGUGCCUACCUGGUUAGCUACACUGCUUUCGCGAAGGCCAUAGAGCUGGGUCUGAACAAGGCAGCACCUGGUGUACUCGACGGCAGUGUGCUCAAUCUCGAAACGGAGCUUCGGAGCCGGGCUUGGUGGUCAGUCCUUGUCCUAACUACUGCGCUGAAUGGUCACCUGGGUAGGCCAAUGGUCGUCACUAUGCAGGACUUUGACGUGCCCCUCCCGACACCUAUCCCGGAUGAGUGUCUCACUCCAGACGGAAUCACAGACAGAUCACGAAUUGGAGAAUGUACCUACUGGGUCGGUUUGGCGAUAUACAAGAUCACACCAGCUUACAUGGACCUUUACGCGAACAUUUACAGCAUACGGCGAGACCCGCAACGUCACGCCGAGGUCGUCGCACGAAUCGAAGAGCAGGUUGCUAAAUGGAAGGAGGAACUUCCUGCUGAGCUACGUAGUGACAACGAGGAACAACAGCUUAACCAAAGCGGGAAAUCGAAGCUGUUCGCCCUGAUCGCCCGUGGAGUUUGUAUCGAAUUGCGGCUCAUGCUGAGGCACCCAUCUGCGUGCCCAUUGGUAGAUCCAGACUAUCAAGCUGAGAAUACGCGAUUGAGUGAGGAGAUGUCUAGGCAACUUCUUGACCAUGUCACCACUGUUCUUAAGCUUAGGUCUGGGGACACGACUUGGUAUCAAAUAUCCACCUAUGUUGCUGCCGUUUCCUGCACUCUGGCUGCCAACUGGGAGAGAAGAUUUAGCAUCACCCAAGAAGAGGUUGCGAGAUUAAGGCGGGAGAUGAACAGGUGGCUUGGCAUCAUCGAAGAGACCGGAAAAUCACUCGGGUCCCAGGUUGGCAUCUGCGACGACAUCAGCCAAAUCAUCAAUCACACCAUUGCCGGGAUAGAAGCGGUUCGCAGGGGAGGCUCGCAAUCGGCAAGGUCUUCAGUAAAGACUUCGUUAUCUGACGAACAGACUCGGGAGGAGCACAAGCCAUCGCCGGAAUGGUCGCGUGUGCACAAGAGCCAGUCAACUCCAGUUGAAGCACCCAGCGCCAGAGAUAUUAAUGGCAGCUGUUUUGAUAAUACUAAUACAGUGUACCAGCCCGUCACAACCUUUGAAGAUCAUAGUAACCCCGUAACUAGCGGUAGCUCGGUGCCGCCGACCUCACUGGGGUUUGACCCUAACAUCAGCCUCUAUCAUUCUGGCACAGGCAUUUCUGCAGCAGAUGCAAGCUCGGAUAACACCCAUCAACAACAGCCAAAUCCACUGGUUGCAUUCGCAUCACAGGCCACACAACAGUUAGCCAGCUUCCACGGCCCGAGCGACGAGGCAGUGACAAACGGCAACGAGUCUGUCACCGCCCUUAAUACCUGGUCUGGGAACAAAAAUUGGGUUGAUUGGACAUCUGCCCUGUCUGAUUGGCAAGAUAGAUGUAGCGCUAAUACGCUACUUCAUCUUGGAGGGUCGGCUCACCAGCCUAUGGGUCAACACCAGGCUCAGCAACAGCAAUUUUUGAUGAAUGGUCAGCACCCUCACCCGGAUGACGUUGGGGGAUGUCUACCUGUUAUGCCGGUUACUUCUGCCGAACAGUGGCCUUUGCUUGUUUUCAAUCACGAUGGGACAUCCCUUGGCUGAGAAUAAUUUAUCUGGAAGUUGUCUUGAUGUUUCAUUUGUUUUCAUCUAACGAAUACCUUAGAUACUCUUCUUUCAUUUUGGGUUGGCACUUUCUCCUUGAUAUACCCGGGCAGGUCCACAGGACACCCAAUCUGUUCAAAUACUACACAAUCCUUGGUUACAAUAUAAUUUUAUUUUUGUUUUCAAUCAA